AUGCCAGAGCGUAUCAGGAUCAACUCUCAUCCGCUUCUAGCUAUCUUGUCUCACAUUGCUUCGAAAGACUGGAGCCUCCGCCCGCGCGUAUUUUUGCAACCUUUCAAGAUGUUUGUGCACUAUGACAAGCAGAUCAGGGACUAUCUCAAAGAUCUUGAAGGAAAAUGGGCAGACCCGAAACGGCCUAUUCGUAGAGUAGUUGAGAGCAUGGAGGCUCAGUCAAAUGGACGCGACGACAAUCAGGCCAAGUUUCCGAAAGCAAGCCAGAGCCGAGACACAGCCGCAUAUGACCUUGCGAAUCUUCUGGACAGUCGAGAAGCACUUCUCGACCUUCGCUGCCUCGUAAGGUUCAUGGACAGAUAUCUCGCGCCUGUCUUGAGGCGUUUCGAUAAUGCUUCUCUGAAGAAAAUAGAGUUUGAAGACCUCUGGUAUCUCUUCAAACCUGGGGAUGGAGUCUAUGCACCGGCACCAAAAGUCAAUACAAUCGCGAUGAUGGGCGACAGAACAGCACCAGAGAAGUCUAGAAGGUCCAAUAGAUAUCAAACAGCUUGGCGAGUCCUACAUGUCAGCGGCGGGCGGUCUCCACUUACGGCGGAUGAAGAAACGAAGCCUUUAAUGGAAUCCCGACCUCAUGACUUCACCAUGAUAUGUUAUUAUCUCGACUUCAAUGGUGCCCAAAUUGGGCCAGCUGUCUGCAGUUUCGUCAUCAAGCCUUUUGAAAGCGCGGUCGACAUCACUUCCCUCGAAGUAUUCCCUUGGAGAUAUGCGCCAAAAGGCCCAGCGAUACGCGAGAGGCUCCGAAAGGAGGGCGAGCUAUUCCGCGAGUACAUCGAUACUAAACAUCUCCAUUACGACGGGACGUCACUCACACACCAUCCAUGUGGCAGGCCGGUUCAAGUUGAAGGCAUCGCUAACCAUCCUGAGGCGAUCGAAGGCCAAGUGAUCGUUGGGUUUGAGGAAGGCAUGCAAAUUGAUCCUGGAUGGCUUUCUCCGAUUGGAUUUCCUGACGAUCUUCCGGUAUAUUCCAGCGAGGUAAUUGAGAACUAUUCGGUCCGGCUUUGGACAAACAGGGAUCAAGUCACAUCCACAGACUCAUGGAACGACACAAUACAUCAAGACUAUCAAAUUGACAAGCUACGCCACAGCGAACUUGUAGAAUCGGACCCAUUCUUGAAAGCCUGGGAGAGUCGGUUUUUCAACGACGAUGAUGUUGAAGUGGAACAAGAGCUUCGAGAUGAAGACCUUAUCCUCCUGCCAACACGGGUGCUUGCAUACGUCUUUCGUGAACGAAGGUUUGCCUUGUUGAGGCUUAGUCAGCUUCACAAAUGCAAAGCGGAUUCCGACGGGUUCGCAAACCUCAAACUCUUGAGAGGAUAUAAGAAGAUGGUCAAGUCUCUCGUGCUGACCCACUUCAUGAAGAAGAAGGUUACGCAGAGCUUUGGACGCAGUAAUUCUAUCGACUUCGAUGUCGUUCACGGAAAAAGCAAAGGACUUGUUUUUCUACUCCAUGGUGUUCCAGGAGUUGGAAAGACAAGUACCGCUGAGUGUGUUGCCGAGGCUACUGGAAAACCUCUCUUUCCAAUCACUUGUGGUGAUCUGGGGCUGACGCCCGAGCACGUUGAGAAAACUCUUCGUGAGAUAUUCCAUUUAGCACAACUAUGGGAUUGUGUGUUGCUAUUGGACGAGGCCGAUAUCUUUCUGGCUCAAAGGACUAGGACUGAUUUGAAGCGGAACGCUCUAGUCUCAGUCUUUCAACUAGAUCUUUAUGCUAAUGAAUCAGUGUUCUUGCGCGUGCUUGAAUACUACUCUGGGAUACUUUUCCUUACCACCAAUAGGGUCGGAGUGAUCGAUGAGGCCUUCAAGAGCAGAAUCCACGUAACACUGCUGUACCCGGAGUUGACCGAACGACAAACGCAGGCAAUCUGGCGAAUGAAUCUAGACCGCCUCAGGAAAAUUGAUCGCGAGCGAGCCGAACGGAGUGACGACCCCGAAAUGAUCAUCGACGAUACGGCUAUCAUGGACUACCAGAAGCGCCACUUCCAAGAGUGUCGCAAAAUGAAUCGGUCCUGGAAUGGACGGCAAAUUCGGAACGCAUUCCAGACAGCGUCUGCCUUAGCUCUUUUUGACGCCCACCAAGCGAACAUUAGCAAGCUGAAUGAUGAAGCGGAAAUUGAAAAAGCGGUGCCAGUCCUGAAAGUUGAGUACUUUGAGAAAGUCUCAGUAGCCUCAUCCAACUUUGAUCUCUAUAUCUCUGAAGCUGCCGGUGUUGGUGGAAAGAGUGAGGGUGAACGAGCAAGGGACCGGGGAGAUCGCGCGGACCAUUUGCGUUUCAGUGGCGGUGCUCCUCUCGAGCCAGGUACAGAGCUUCGAUCGACAGCCUCCAACAAUGUCAACAAUCGCAGAGUCUCCGGUGGACAGGACAGCUUCCGCGGCCCACAAGGGCCUCCGCCACAGUACUCCGGACUCAACGCUCUUCGAGAGCAAGGGAACUCAGGCUUUGGUUCGCCUCCACGGGGUGCUUCUGCCCAAUUUGGCCCCUCCUCCAACUAUUUCGAUCCUCGUCAAGCCCCCAGCGGUGCGGGCAUGUACGACUACUCACAGCCGCCUGGCAUGCCUGUGCCACACCCUUCUCGCCAGAACACCAUGCAUGAUUUCGACGAAGAUGAUGACGAGUAA